AUGAUUACAAAUAGCGAUGUUGGCGUAGAGAGUGUACAAUUGGAGUUAGAGGAGUCAGAUAUUUGUGGUGGCAUAAUUGAGAGCGAGAUUAUAUGUGAAGGUGAUUUUAUAAAUAGUGAGAUGACGGAACAGGAGCAGGAGCGACCCCCAAAAAGAGGCCGGGAAAAAGAUUCAGAGGAGGUGUGGAACGUAGUGUCGAGGAAGUCUAAGAGAUUUGGAAGAAUGAGUCAGGAGGGAGAUUUAGUAAGAAUUGCAGAGGAUUUAAUUGAAGUUAGCUUAACGUGUACGGAAAAAUUGCCAAAGCAAUUUGGUUUGGCGAAGUUGUUGAAAAGUGAAAAUAUUAAAAAUAUUAUAAGAGUGAAAUACGUCAAUAGUUACAAAGUAAUUAUUCAAUUUAGUUGUGAGGUUAGUGCAGAAACGAUACUUCAAUCAAAAAAGUUAAAUGAGGGUGGUUAUAAGGUUCAGAAAACUUUAGAUAUAAAUCAAUCUUAUGGUGUUAUUCAUGACAUCGAUAUGGAAUUAAACGACGAGGAGGUAAUGGAGGGCUUAAGCGGAAAUGUGGAAAUUUUGGGGGUGAAACGAUUAAAACGAAGGAACAGUAAAGAUGGGCAUUGGGAACUUGGGGAAUCUGUAAGAGUAACAUUUAAAGGAAGUUCGUUACCCUCAUAUAUUUAUAUUUAUGAUAUGAGAACGCAGGUACAUUCAUACACCUUUCCAGUGACUCAAUGUUCUCGUUGUUGGCGUUUUGGUCAUACUCUAAACAUGUGUCCAUCUUUAAAAACAAUUUGUCCUAAGUGUACUAAGCACCAUGCUAAUUGUGAUACUACCCAAUUUAAAUGUAAUAAUUGCUCCGGGAGACAUAUGGCGAUGGCUAAAAUUUGUCCUGUAUUUAAAAAAGAAAAAACUAUACGAGAUCUGAUGUCCGAGUUUAAUUGUUCAUAUAAAAAGGCGCUUAUGUUAUAUACCCCUCCUUCUAAUGUUUUUCUAAGUCGGGAUGAAGAAUUUCCAAAUCUUGUUAACAAUAUUGAAGACCCAUCUGUAAAAGAGAGUACUCGAUCUGUUGAACCGAGUACAAGUAAAGAUUAUCGAGCGGCGAUUGUAAAAGAUUUAGGGAAUGAGAAUAGAAAUAAGAAAGGGAAGAGGAAACAUAAUUGGUCAAUGGACUACAUUUCGGAAGAAGGUUCUGAUGAGGAUGUACAGGAAACCAUUAGUGAAGGGAGAGAAAAAUGUAAAUCGCAAAGUUCUAGAUCGUUGCAUGAUCAAAUUUCUUGGCAAAUACUACUUAAAAGGCUGAAGGAUGCAUUUUUUGAUAAAGAGAAUAUAGCGUUAGCGGAUAAGCUUAAAGGCGAUUUAAACGGUCACCACACUAACUGGUCAACUAAGGUUGAUGUAAGGGGAAGAUAUAUAUUUGAUUCUAUGAUUGACAAAAAUUUUAUAUCUUUAAAUGAUGGAUCUUGCACUAGGAUAAAGUUAGUCAAUGGUUUGGUACAAAAAUCAUCUCCUGAUGUUACUUUAAUUUCUGCGGAUAUAGCUUUAAAGUUUAAUUGGUCUGUAUUAAAUGAAUCUUUGGGUAGUGAUCAUUUAAUGAUAAAAAUAAAUACGGAGAUGUCAAGAUCUUUAAAUUUUAGAGCAAAACGUAAUUUUCGGCAAAGUGAUUGGCUUCGUUAUAAAGAUAAUGCUGCAAAGGAAUUUGCAGAAUACAUUUUAGAUGUAAACAAUCUUCAGUUAUCGUAUAAUAAUUUUAUUGAUAUUAUGGAUAAUGCAGCAAAGACUGCUAUUCCUGUUACCAAAAUAUGUGAGGACCCUGUCCGAAAGCACAAAUUUUCGCCAAAAUCGUACUGGAAUCAAGAUAUGUCUAAAGCUGUAGCUGAAAGACGGAGAGCCUUAGCUGAGUUUAGGCGAAAUCCAACGCCAGAUAAUUUAACGUUACUUAAUUGCAAAAUAAAGCGUGCCCGCUCAAUUAUUCGUAGGGGUUAUCUUAAAUCAUUUCGGGAAUUCUGUACCAAUAUUGACAGUGUUACAUCCACUAAUGACAUGUGGGCUAAAAUGAAGUGGUUUAAAGGUAAUGUGGCAGCAAAAGAUGUUAUCUCUCGUGAAAAGGCAUAUGAGUUGUUAUGUAAGUUGACCCCUGCUCAAGUUACACCUCAAUCUCCAGAAUUUGGGUUAAAUAAUAAUGUUUUAUCUAUUCCUAUAUCACUGCAAGAAUUAAACAAUGCUGUCAAACGAUCGGACUCUGCACCUGGUUUCGAUGAUAUAUCCUAUUCUAUGUAUGCCGAUGACAUUGUAGUUUAUUUUGGUCAUAAAAAUGUAUCUGAAAUGACAAACACAAUUCAAGAGGCUUUGAAUAUGCUUAAUUGUAUUCUGGGUGAUAUUGGAUUGGAUAUUUCACAGAGGAAAACUAAAUUUUGUGUAUUUCAUAGAGGUCGUAGAGAUAACGGGUCCAAGUCUGAAGAUGGAUGUGGAGCCGCCUUUUUUGAUCCUCAGUUAAACAUUAAAUUACCAGUUAAGUUAAAUUCAAAUAUUUCUAUUAUGCACUGCGAGUUGAUGGCAAUUGCUGAAGCAUUAUCAUAUGUUGAUUCUGUAAAUAAUUCUCAGUUUUUAAUUUUAUCGGACUCUAAAAGCGCGUUAUUUCAUUUGGCUCGGUUACCCUCGAGGAAUCGAGGGCUCCCGAUAGCCUAUUCCAUUUUGGACUCUAUUUGCAAAUUAAAAGUUAAAAAUAAAACAGUACAAAUUCAGUGGAUACCAUCACACGUUGGCAUUGAAGGUAAUGAAGAAGCUGAUCGUUGGGCUAAAUAUGCUGUGUUAAAUGCUGACGGGAUGCUCGGGGCUCGCUCCACUCCUGUCGCGGGUCGGCCCGGCAUUGCAGUGCCGCCGGGAUUGGCCUAA